AUGCUCUGGUGGGCGUGGGUGGGCAAUUCUGAGGCCGUCAUCACACUACCCACCAUUGGCCACAAGCAGCUCACCACACUUGACCACAAGCCACAUGCCAGCAAGCAUGAGGAUCAGUGUGUCAAGCGAACCAGCACAUCAUUCAUACUGCGCACCAUCAACCAGACCUAUGUGCACCUCAAUGGGGUGCACAUCACCAUGACCCGCACGCUCAGCAACACCCAGAGCUACAAGCCAUCCAUGGACAUGGGGGCCAUGCCAGACAAUGCAAGUGUCAUCAUCCCAAGUGAUGGGCUGUGGGACAUGAUCAACCAUCACAAGGUGGCAUGGAUUGUCUGA